AUGAAGUCCCUUACUACGUGGUUAUUGUUUGGCUUAGCAGCUUCGGCCAACGCUGCUGGUUGCAACCGUGAUAAUUGUUUCCGAGGACUACUCGGAAAGAAGUUGACUAAGGAAUGUCUGUCAUACGCGUCUGCAGCUAAAACGGAUCCUCCGACUUACACAUACACACGAGAUGUAAUGCAAGUAAAACAAGUAAUAAUUACACCCUCCGCCGUUGUCCUACACAAAACAACAAUAGGCGAAGCAAAAAUCAUAACCACGACAAUAUACACGACAUUACCCCCUGCGAUGGAGGCCGCCGGCACCACAUCAACCCCCAAACUUGUAAAACGCGCGGAAAUACCAAUCCCUAAAUAUGUAUCAAGCGUGUGUAGUGGCGAAGUCGGACGCAGAUUUCUGAGCGCUUGUUCUUGUAUCAUCGCUGAGCUUAACACCGCCAAAGCCAACGUCGUUCUACCGGCUGUGACUCCUCGUUCUACAACUAUUACGAAUUGUGUCACAAAGCUACAUACGACCACUCUCCCUAUUCCAACUUCGACUGUUAUUGUCACUGCUGCAGCUGCAACAUCAGUUAAAACCGUUGUUGAAGUUGUAAAGUCGACACCAAGCGCUCGUCCACAAAGUACAACUUUCAAAAUAAAGCUCAAGGGUGGUCUUCACGAUGGUAGAUACCUUUUCCCCGGCCCAGUAUUCGACGAGCAGCCGGGAAUUUACUAUAGCAUGUUCACCCCGAAUCGUGAUGAUUCAAUCGACUUCAAGAUGAACAAAGACGGCGUCAUCUCAAGCAUAUCCGGAGGGUUAAACCUAACUUACUCUACAGAUUUCGACGACGACUCCCGGUAUCCUCCCGAGAAGGAAGGAGAUCCGAUGAUUAGAGUCCCCAGUUUUGUCUUCCUGAUGGCUGCAGAAACUCAGGCUAUUCCGGACUAUAACUCGUAUCCAAUCAAGUGCGCUUUGACUGGAACCGAUCUUGCAUGCGGUGCUGGAGCGAAGAGAAUAGAGUCUGGAUGGUAUGCUUUCGGUAUCGAUGCAACAAAUUAUAUCCCAACUUUGGGCCUCUGCAAGCCGAACCACGAUUGGAUUUAUUGGCCUGGUCAGAAAGUAGGACUUUCAAUUGAAUGGAAUUAG